AUGAAAGCUGACCAUAAUCUCUUCCACCACACCUUAUUCGCCCUCAUAACACAAACCCUCCUCCUCGUACUCUCUCUCCUCUCCGCCACCGCCGCCGACAAUGUCGCCGCCGCCGACAAUGUCGCCGCCGCCGGCCUCCUCUCGCAGGACUCCCAGCUGCUCAUCUCCUUCAAGAACGCCCUCCACAACCCCGGCGAGCUCAAGGCGUGGCUUCCUACUCUCUCCCCCUGCAAUUUCCCCGGUGUCCUCUGCACAAACUCCAGGGUCUCCUCCGUCGACCUCUCCGACCUCCGCCUCGGAACCGAUUUAGCCACGGUCGCCGGAUUCCUGCUGCCCAUCCAGAAUCUCGAGUCCCUCGUGCUGAGAAACGCAAACAUCUCCGGGCCCAUCUCCUCCGUCGCGAGAUUCACCUGCAGCAGCCUCCUCAACUCGUUAGAUCUGUCCGGCAACGCCGUCUCUGGUACCGUCACCGACAUUCCGGCGUUCGGAAUUUGCUCCGGCCUGGUUUCUCUCAAUCUCUCCAGAAACGCCAUGGACCCCAACAGGGGAGGAGCCCCCAGAGCAGCUGCGACGGCCACCGUGUCCUCUCUUUCCGUACAAACUCUCGAUCUUUCGUACAAUAACGUCUCCGGCGACACCGCCGUCUCUUGGAUUUUGUCCGGCAGGGCCUUCCCCGAGCUCCGGCGCCUCACCCUGAAGGGCAACAAGGUAUCGGGGGCAUUUCCGGAAUUCAACUUCAAGAACCUGGCGCAUUUGGAUCUCUCCCUCAACAACAUCUCCGCCCGCUUCCCGACCUUCGCCGACUGCUCCGCCUUGCAGCACCUUGACCUCUCCUCUAACAAGUUCGCCGGCGGCGUGGGGAACUCGCUCACCAAAUGCAGCGAGCUAUCCUUCCUCAACCUCACCGGCAACCUCCUCACUGGUCUCUUCCCAGGCCUGCCGGCCUCCUCCGCCGGCGGCGGCGGCCUCCGGUCUCUGUACCUCCGGGAGAACGACUUCCAGGGAGUCCUGCCGGAGACCCUAGCCAACUCGUGUGGGACCCUCAUAGAACUCGAUCUGUCCUCCAACAAUUUUACGGGUAUCUUGCCGCAAAGCCUCGCCUCUUGUUCUGCUCUGGAGCUUCUCCAUUUAUCCGCUAACAAUUUCUCCGGCGAGCUGCCGGUGGACAUUUUCUUAAAAAUGACCAACCUGAAGUCUUUGGCCGUCUCUUUCAACAAUUUCGUCGGCAACUUGCCGGAUUCAUUCUCAAAGCUCGUAUCUUUAGAGACAUUAGACAUAAGCUCCAACAAUAUCUCCGGCAACAGCCUUCGUACAUUGUACCUUCAGAACAACAUGUUCAACGGACCAAUUCCCUCCAGCCUAAGCAACUGCUCCAAAUUAGAAUCUCUCGAUCUCAGCUUCAACUACCUCAACAGCACUAUCCCGUCGAGCUUAGGCUCGUUAACCAAGCUACGUGACAUCAUCAUGUGGCUAAACCAACUCCACGGCGAAAUACCGAACGAGUUAAUGCACCUACAGAGCUUAGAGAAUCUAAUUCUCGACUUCAACGACUUAUCAGGCUCCAUUCCCCCCUCCCUCAGCAACUGCUCCAAACUCAACUGGAUUUCGCUCUCCAACAAUCGGUUAACCGGCGAAAUCCCGUCUUCUCUAGGCAAAUUAGCCAAUCUCGCUAUCCUAAAACUCAGUAACAACUCGUUAUCCAGUCAAAUCCCGGCCGAACUGGGUAACUGCAGUAGCCUCAUCUGGUUAGACCUCAACACUAACUCCUUAACCGGAACAAUCCCACCCGCCCUGUUUAAACAGUCAAAUAUAGCUGCCGCUUUCUUAACCGGCAAGAGUUACGUUUACAUCAAGAACGACGGCAGCAAAAAGUGCCACGGGGCAGGUAACCUUCUCGAGUUCGGCGGAAUCCGGCAAGAACAGCUUGGCCGAAUCUCGACUCGCCACCCGUGCAACUUCACCCGAGUCUACCGAGGAAUCACUCAGCCCACAUUCAACCACAACGGCUCCAUGAUCUUCCUCGACCUCUCGCACAACAACUUACAAGGCAGCAUCCCGAAAGAGCUCGGGUCACUGUUCUACUUAUCCGUACUCAAUUUGGGCCACAACGGGCUCUCGGGCCCAAUCCCCCACGAGCUCGGGGGUUUAAAAAGCAUCGCCAUUCUCGAUUUGUCUUACAACAAGCUGAACGGAACUAUUUCGCAGUCGUUGACCAGCCUCACUUUCCUCGCCGACAUUGACCUGUCCAACAACCAGCUGUCGGGUGCUAUACCCGAGGUAGCCCCGUUCGACACCUUCCCGGCUUACCGAUUCGCAAACAAUUCGGGCCUUUGUGGGUACCCUUUGCCUUCUUGCACGUCGAGAUCGGACUUUACCGGGCCCGCGAACCGCCGUCGAGAGGCUUCCCUUGUGGGAAGUGUGGCAAUGGGCCUUCUCUUUUCGCUCUUGUGCGUAUUCGGGCUUAUUCUCGUCGCAGUCGAGGCCCGUAAGAGACGUCAGAAGAAGAAAGAGGUCGCCAUCGAGGCCUACAUUGAGGCCCAUUCGCGCUCGGGCCCACAUAGCGGCGGAUGGAAAAUAAGCGCACGUGAGGCUCUAAGCAUUAACCUCGCCGCGUUCGAGAAGUCUCUCCGGAAGCUGACGUUCGCGGACCUUCUAGAAGCUACGCGCGGUUUUAACGACGAGAGCCUUAUAGGUUCGGGAGGUUUCGGCGACGUGUACAAAGCGGAGCUCAAAGACGGGAGCGUCGUCGCGAUCAAGAAACUAAUCCACGUCAGCGGGCAAGGGGAGCGCGAGUUCAUUGCCGAGAUGGAGACGAUCGGGAAAAUCAAACACAGGAAUUUGGUCCCACUUCUCGGUUAUUGUAAAGUCGGGGAUGAACGACUUCUUGUUUAUGAGUACAUGAAGUAUGGAAGCUUGGAAGAUGUUUUGCGCGCCAAGAAGGAAGUCGGGAUUAAAUUAAACUGGCCAGCGAGGCGGAAAAUCGCGAUUGGGGCAGCCCGGGGAUUGGCUUUUCUCCACCAUAAUUGUAUCCCGCAUAUAAUUCACCGGGACAUGAAAUCGAGCAAUGUGUUACUCGACGAGAAUCUUGAAGCGCGUGUUUCGGAUUUUGGAAUGGCUCGACUUAUGAAUGCGAUGGACACACAUUUGAGUGUGAGUACGUUAGCCGGGACGCCCGGUUAUGUGCCUCCCGAGUAUUAUCAGAGCUUUAGGUGCUCGACGAAAGGGGAUGUUUACAGUUAUGGGGUUGUUUUGCUCGAGUUGCUGACCGGGAGGCAGCCGACUGACUCGGCUGAGUUCGGGGAGAAUAAUAAUUUGGUGGGGUGGGUUAAGGAGCGCGCGAGGGGUCGGGUAAGUGACGUUUUUGACCCUGAGUUGAUGAGGGAGGAUUUGGGUUUGGAGAUGGAGUUGUUGCGGCAUUUGGAAGUGGCGUGCGCGUGUUUGGACGAUCGGGCUUGGAAGAGGCCCACGAUGAUUCAAGUGAUGGCCAUGUUUAAGGAGAUAGAGGCGGGCCAGGGCCCAGGCCCGGGCCCGCUGAUGAUGGAGGGAGGAGGGGUUGAGAUGAGCAUAAAGGAAGGGGAAGGAGAAUGA